AUGCUAACUAAUGAGGAAAAAUGUGCAAUCAAACUUUCACAGAUUUUCGGCUGGAGAAAGGCGGUGCGUGUCGUCAAGAAGCAUCCCCGUGUGCGAGUUGUUAGUCGUCUGGUUGACUUUGCUCUUGUCGAGCCAGAUGAAGAAGAUGAUGACAAGCCUGGAGAAGACGUAAUCAAUUACACAGAUUUAGUGAACCUACUUAAAGGCACUGAGACGCCCCCUCAGAACACCCCGACUGAAGCAGCCGAUCCAAAUCAAGGGAACCUUAUCGACUUUUCCGAUGACAUUUUAAUCUCCACCAGUGUUAGUACGUCGACGAACCUUAACAAUGCUAUACCCAACCCAACUCCUCAACCACUAUCACUUCUUGACUUGUAG